UGACAUUUCAUUUGUUCGUGACGUGUCGGUAAAUUUCAGACGUGGAAGCGGUAGAGAUAGAAGUAGGUUAGCUGUUGGGUGUCGUUUUUCUUGUUUAUCUGGUGUGCUAGAGUGUGUGUGUGGUUUGUUGCUGAGCGAUAAAAGUUAAGCAGUGCUUGUUCCUGUGGUAUAGGGUGAAGCAAAUUAUUGUAAAAUGCCCGCAGCACCAAGUUCAACAUCUGUGGGUGCUGGAAGCAGAUCCCCUACCAAAGCUGUAGCUCCAAGAGCAGCGAGUGGUGGUACUGUUAGACAGAGGAAAGCAACACCAUCAACUGCAGCAGCCAGGAACCGAACCACUGGAGCAGGGAGUGGUGGCAUGUGGAGGUUCUAUACUGAUGAUUCUCCUGGCAUUAAAGUGGGUCCAGUUCCUGUUCUGGUGAUGUCACUGCUGUUUAUUGCUUCCGUCUUCAUGCUGCACAUCUGGGGAAAAUACACUCGUUCAUAAGUCAUAAAUCAUUCCAACAUGGGACAUUAAUAUUUGUUUAAGUAAUUAAAUGUUAUAUAAUAAAAUCUAUUUACCUUGUGAUUCUCA